GAGAUGAGUUGACUCUGGAAGGCAUCAAACAGUUCUUCGUGGCCGUCGAGAGGGAGGAGUGGAAGUUCGACACACUCUGCGAUCUGUACGACACCCUCACCAUCACUCAGGCCGUCAUCUUUUGCAACACAAAGCGCAAAGUGGACUGGCUCACUGAGAAAAUGAGGGAAUCCAACUUCACGGUCUCCUCCAUGCACGGGGAUAUGCCUCAGAAGGAGAGGGACACCAUCAUGAAGGAGUUCAGAGGUGGUUCCAGCCGAGUCCUCAUCACAACGGAUGUCUGGGCGCGUGGUAUUGAUGUACAGCAGGUGUCACUCGUCAUUAACUAUGACUUACCCAACAAUCGAGAGCUCUAUAUUCAUCGUAACACUUAA